AUGUUCCGUUGGUAUCGAAACUCUGCGAAAUGCUACGUCUAUCUAGCGGAUGUCUACAGUCCUGAGUACAAUGUCGACAGCCAUGGGUUCCACCAAAGCAGAUGGUUAACAAGAGGAUGGACUUUACAAGAACUGUUGGCCCCCCCUUGCGUCGAAUUCUUCACCAAGGACUUCCAGUACAUUGGGAGCCGCAACACUCUAUCCGCCUCCAUUAUACAGGCCACCGGGAUACCCGAAGAGGCUCUCCACGGGUGUCCUAUGUACAAAUUCACCGUGGCCCAGCGCCUCAAGUGGGCAAAGCAUCGCUCUACAAAGCGGGAAGAGGAUGCAGCUUACUCGCUCCUUGGUAUAUUCGACGUUUACAUGCCGCCAAUCUAUGGGGAGGGUAGGGAACGAGCAAUGUCUCGCCUGCUGUACGAGUCCGACCAGCAUGAAAGGCGUCAACAUGGGUAUCUGUUCAAGUGGUUGAGACUGAUGUUUCCGCGGGUCAUGGUCAAAUACAAUGCCUACGAGUCAUUUGUGUUCUGGAUGGUGUUCGGAUCCGUCUUGGGUGUGACAAUCGCCUACCACGGCAUAGCAGACUGGCUUACCGCCUACACUGCGAAGGGCGCCCGCUUCGCCGUUCGUGACAUGAAGAUCUACCCGGGGGUGGGUCUUCUUAGUGUAGCGGGUCUUAGCUACCUCUUUAGGUACCACUAA